UUUCUCUCCGAGCCCCGGGGUCGGUCGGACCACUCUCUCCUCAGCUCCCUCCCCCCUCCCCGUGUACCUGCGCAGAGCAUCCACAGUCGCUCCCCCUCUCCCCGACGGGACAGUCGCACUGCAGCAAGCUGACGGGAAAAUUAUUCUUUUCUUUUUAUUAUUAUUUUACAGACGAGACUGUCGGUCCCUCCCUGCAUCAGCUGAAAUGCUGCUGAGAAGAAUCGGACAUGUUCUUCCACUUCUCUGCGCAGUCUGCCGUCUCACUCUGGCCUUUCCCACCCAAACACCAUCUGGAUAUGAAGAUGUCCAGUCCCUUCAGGUGAACAUUCCCCACUCGGGUCCAGUUUUUGCCUCACUGGGCAGGUCCAUCUCCAUCCCCUGCAUGGUGUCUCUAUCCACCACAGCCAGCACCUCCUCCUCCUCCUCCCCUGUUGUGCCGCGGGUCAAGUGGUCGGUGGUGUCUGGCGGUGUGGAGACGCAGAUCUUGGUGGCGAAGGGUGAAAGGGUGAAGGUCAACGAGGCAUACAGAUACCGGGCCGCAUUGCUCAACUACACGUCUUCCUCUGAUGACCUGUCACUGUGGCUUGAAGAUUUGCGCUCCAGUGACUCGGGUCAUUAUCGCUGCGAGGUGCAGCAAGGCCUGGAGGACGCCAGUGACCUCGUACAACUCAAGGUCAAAGGUGUUGUAUUUCACUACAGAGAUGCUUUGGGCCGGUAUGCAUUUACCUUCCAUCAGGCCCAGAGGGCCUGUGAGGCAACUGGGGCAGAAAUUGCCACUGACUACCAGCUGCUGGCAGCUUAUCACGACGGAUAUGAGCAGUGUGAUGCAGGCUGGGUGGCAGACCAAUCUGUCAGGUACCCGAUCCAAGUUCCCCGUGAAGGCUGCUAUGGUGACAUGGAUGGGCAGCCAGGAUUGAGAAGCUAUGGGACAAUGGAUCCAGAUGAUCUUUUUGACGUUUAUUGUUAUGUGGAACAAAUUGACGGAGAGGUGAUCCAUGACUCUGUCCGAAAGCUGCUGUCCUUUGCUGAAGCACAGUCAUACUGCAGAGCUGCAGGGGCAGAGCUGGCUACAACAGCACAGCUGUACUUGGCGUGGAGUGAAGGCCUGGACCGUUGCAGCCCCGGAUGGCUGUCCGAUGGCAGUGUGCGCUACCCCAUCAUUACCCCCAGGGUGCGCUGUGGAGGGCCUCAGGCAGGCGUCAAAACUCUCUACCGCUUCAGCAACCAAACUGGUUUCCCAGAGCCAUCCAGCCUUCAUGACGUUUAUUGUUUUAGAGAUAACAGAAAUGCUCCCACUGACUCUCCUGUUGACUACAUGGCCACAGAGCCUGAAGACACUGAACCAGAUGUUGUCAUGCUUAUGGAAACAGAUGAAGAGAUGCACUUGAACCAACAUGCAGAGCAAGUGGAGCGAGAGGCUCAGAGUGUGCUUGAAUCCUUUCCCUUUGUCUCGCAUGUUUCCACGGAGGAAUACCUGGUUGACACUCACCCAACAGUUACAUCAGAUACCACAGAGUCUCCCAUCAACACCACAUCUACAUUGGACCUCCUUCAGCCUUUUGAUGAAACUUCCUCUCCUACAGAAAUGAGCUCUCACGCCCAGCAUCCUACAGCCAUGAUGAACAGCACAAUCAGUAGCAAAGAAACCUACGAUGUCCCACAAAAUACAUCCUUUCUGCCCAGUGUUUAUAAUAACACAAAUUUGCACCAGAACUUGAACUUCACCAUUUACCAGUUUGAACAAGAAAGCACCUCAGGGUUUCCUGAACCAUCACAUGAACCUGACACACAUAACCAAACCGUUCCAGACACAAACCCUGAAGAACAUACACAACCAUCUGAGAGCUCGAAGGAUUCCCAAGAAAUACACGAGAGCAACUUGGAUUCAAACAGAUCACAAGCCAAUUACAGCGAGACAGAAAGCAACCAUACUCGAGGGGAGAAUAUCCUGGAGGUGACCCCAACAACCCCUGACAACAUGCUCCAAGUGAAGCUGGAGGAGGCAGCAGUAGCAGGACCUGAGCAGAUGUCUUUCUCGACUCAGUCACCAAGAGAGGAUGGACAGCUUCUUAAACAAACUACUAAAGCUCCCACUAAAAACCAAACUUCUUUGUGGCUACCACUUGAUGGAUCUGGAGAUAUUUCUCAAGAGAGUGACCUUGAAAUUGAAGCCAGCACAUCAGAUUCUUUCACCAUUCACCCGUCACCUUCAGCUUCAACUAGCAGCACUCCUGCUGAACCACGGACUUCACCCCCAGAUCCAACAUCUUCAUCUGGGUCACAAACUACUGAUAAAUUGGGCUUCGAUAUCCUCUCCACAGCAGCACAAUUAUGGGAGUCUUCCAUUUCUAAACAGGAGGGAAGUACAAGCUUAGAAUCUGAAGACACAGUCACAAUAGAAAGUGAGGAAAAACAGCUGCACACGACAAAGGCUGAAGACAUCCUUCUUCCUAGAGCAAAUUUAACUACCACUGAGUCUUUGGAAGUGGCAAACACUUCUCAUUUGCCUACUGAUCCCACUACAGCACAGCAUCGGACAUCAGGGUACAGAGUGUUUUGGGAUACUGCGACCAUUGCUUAUGAAGAGGCAAGUGGACAGGAGCCUGGUCGAGUUACGGCAAUCCUUAGAGAAGACAUUAAAGUUACUCCAACCCUUGGCGAGGAAAGUAAAGUUACCCCAACUGUUGAAGACGAGACUAAAGUUUCCUUUUCAUUGAGACAGAAUGUUUCCUCAACUGUUGACGUGGAUAUGACCGUUACUCCAACGCUUAAAGAUGAAGCUAAAGUUUCCCCAACCUUCGAAGAAGCCAAAGUUUAUGUUUCACUGGAAGAGAAAGUUACAGUUGCCCCAACACAUGAAGUCACAAAUGUUGCCCCAACACGUCAAGAAGAAGCUAACAUUGCCCCAACCCUUGAAGAAGAAGCUAAUGUUCGCCCAACCCUUGAAGAAAUGAAUGUUUCCCCAAACCUUGAAGGAGAAGCUAUUGUUCGCCCAACCCUUGAAGAAAUUAAGGUUUCCCCAACCCUUGAAGGAGAAGCUAAUGUUCGCUCGACCCUUGAAGAAAUUAAGGUUUCCCCAAACCUUGAAGGAGAAGCUAUUGUUCGCCCAACCCUUGAAGAAAUUAAGGUUUCCCCAAACCUUGAAGGAGAAGCUAUUGUUCGCCCGACCCUUGAAGAAAUUAAUGUUUCCCCAACCCUUGAAGAAGAAGCUAAUGUUCGCCCGACCCUUGAAGAAAUGAAUGUUUCCCCAACCCUUGAAGGAGAAGCUAAUGUUCGCCCAACCCUCGAAGAAAUUAAGGUUUCCCCAACCCUUGAAGGAGAAGCUAAUGUUCGCCCGACCCUUGAAGACAUUUAUGUUUCACCAACCCUUGAAGGAGAAGCUAAUGUUUCCCCACCAUUAGAAGAGGAAGCUGAUGGUGCCUUAGCCCUUGAAGAACAAGCUAACAUUGUCACAACCUUAGAACAAGAAGCUUACUUUGUUCCUACUGUUGUGGAGGACUUCACUAUCUUUCCUCUUGAUUCUCAAACAUCUAACUGGGCUCUGCUGACAACCACAACUGGACCCCAAGAGUCGCUCAAUGACCUUGAGUACAGCAGAAAAGCCACCUCCACGGUAGCUCCAGAUUCCGCGUCAAGUACUAAGACCACUGGGGCUACCACAAAGACGACCGCUGGGGCUACCACGACCACCACACACUGGUCCAGACGCACCUGGAGCCCGACCGCCUCAAGGCCAAGAGUUUUCCACAAGACAACAGAGCCCCAGAAGGUGACGCACCUCAUACCACCAGUGGAUCAGGGUCUGGUGAAUGUAGAGUUUAGUCUCACCCAGCCACCCACCCUGCUUAACUUGCCCAAUGAGAGGGCAGCUGUAGGCGGCACAGGGAAAGUUUCAGAUGCCUGUUUGGGCGACCCCUGUCUCAAUGGAGGCACCUGUACCGACCGAGACGGGCAGAUUAAGUGUCUCUGUUUGCCAUCAUAUGGAGGAAACUUCUGUCAGACCGACCUGGAGCAAUGUGAACCAGGCUGGGAUAAGUUUCACGGUUUCUGCUACCGACACUUCAGCCAGCGUCUGAGCUGGGAGGUCGCAGAGCAGCACUGUCGCGUCCUGGGAGCUCACCUGGUCUCCGUCAUGACACCCGAGGAACAGAGUUACAUCAACGACAACUAUAAAGAAUACCAGUGGACCGGUCUGAACGAUAAGACCAUAGAGGAUGAUUUCCGCUGGUCGGAUGGCAACCCGCUGCUCUAUGAGAACUGGUACAGAGGGCAGCCGGACAGCUAUUUUCUCUCCGGAGAAGACUGUGUGGUGAUGGUGUGGCACGAUGACGGACGCUGGAGCGACGUGCCCUGCAACUACCACCUGGCCUACACCUGCAAGAAGGGCACCUCCUCAUGCGGUCCACCGCCAAGGGUCCGAAAUGCCUCCGUAUUUGGAAAACCUCGACAGAGAUAUGAAACCAAUGCAGUUGUACGCUAUCACUGUGCCAAGGGUUUCCAGCAGAGACUAAAUCCCCUGGUCAGGUGUCGGUCUGGAGGCAUGUGGGAGAGGCCUCAAAUCAUGUGCAGCCCUGAGGCUGGAGGUCCAACCCAGCAACCUGAAGCGAUGUCACCCACCGACAACCUUGCAGUGUUUGACGACGAGUUUGAAGCCACUAAAGAGACACCACAGUACUGGGACAUCAAGUUUUAAAAGUCAGCCAUGCUUUCCUUGUCUUGUUUUGUUAAACUCUGCUGCUGUAACAUGACAAAAGAACCGAGUGCUUUUUACCAAUGAAUGCUUUAAUAGGACAAAAUGAAACACAGGCCACACUGAACGAAACAUCCUCUUUCCCAAAGACCCUGAGUGCGCAGAAACUGACUAACUUCUUUUGAGGGAGACACUGACUAACAACAUUCCAAUUUUUUGAUUACCUUUAAAUUCUCUCUAAUGUAUUAAGUUAGGGGGAUUUUAAUGAAUGAAUACAGUGGCUGUCAGAAAAGAAGUAGAAGAAGAAGAGGGUCCUUUUCAUGAUAAAGAAAUACAGUAAAUGUGCAGAGACUAAAUUUCUAUGCCGGCUCCAAAUCCACAUCAAUAACCGUUCUCUUUGUGGGUUUUGUGGUAUCAAGAACCUUUUUAUUAAAUGGUGCUAAUGUUUUCAAACCUUUGUAUCCAAUAGAUAUUUUAGUUUUCCGUCCAAAGCACAAAGUCAACCUUAACAAAAACCCAAUAAACAAUGUAAAUAUAUCAGCUUUCUCACCUGUCAGACAAGUGCUGUGCGCAUUUUGAAACCUUUGAUUUCCAGCAGACACAGUUUUGUUCGUCAGCUUUAUGUUGUAAUAAAGUUUUGUAGAACAGAGCAAAGAAUAAAUUGUUUCUCUUAUUUUACCCAUA